ACUUUGAAGUCAUGAAGGAAGUGUUAACACUGUUGCCGGUAAGAACUUUUAUUUUACAGACUGAAACCGGAAGUAGGAUGCGUGUUUAGCGUGUAACUUGACGCAGGUCCCUGACAGCUGCCACACUGGACCCGGACUGAGCCGAACUGUACAGCGUUCCUGUGAUGCCCCAGGGCGGGCUGAGCUGGUCCGGGUUGCAAUGCCGUACGUGGACCGACAGAAUCGUAUCUGUGGCUUCCUGGACAUCGAGGAGAAUGAGAGCAGCGGCAGGUUUCUGCGCCGUUACUUCAUCCUGGACAAUCAGCAGGGCAACCUGCUGUGGUUCAUGGACAACCCACAGAAUCUACCAAAAGAUGCAGAGAACGUAGGAGCUCUAAAACUCACCUACAUCUCUAAGGUGAGCGAUGCCACCAAACUCCGACCGAAGGCCGAGUUCUGCUUCGUCAUCAACGCAGGAAUGAGGAAGUUUUAUCUGCAGGCCAACGACCAGCAGGACUUAGUGGAGUGGAUCAGUGUCCUGAACAACGCCACCAAGAUUACUGUGCCAAAGCCCGGCGAGGGCCACACCGCCCACGCAGAGACUACCCAGGAAGCACUCGGAGCCAUGAAACAGGUCUCCUACAAGACAGAGAUCAUAGGAGGAGUCCCCAUCAUCACAGCUACACAGGAGCAGGGGGAGGGGCAGAACGGGGCCGAGCGUGGAGGGGUGAAGAGGGGUCAGAAUCAGCUGCCCUAUUAUCUGUCCAGAGGAGUGCAGGACGCGGGCAUCAUCAAGGCCGGAUACUGUGUGAAACAGGGAGCUUUGAUGAAGAACUGGAAGAGACGGUACUUCAUGCUGGAAGAAAACGCUCUCAGCUACUACAAAUCUGACCUGGAGAGGGAGGCCCUGAGAGUCAUCCCCUUAAAGGAGAUUCACAAAGUUCAAGAGUGCAAACAGAGUGAGCUGAUGAUGAGAGACAACCUGUUUGAAAUGGUCACCAGCUCCAGAACCUUCUACAUACAGGCUGACAGUCCAGAGGACAUGCACAGCUGGAUUAAAGCCAUCUCAGGUGCCAUCGUGGCUCAGCGCGGCCCCGGACGCUCAGCUAACACUAUCCGUCAGUCCAGAAGGCUGUCCAGCCCUUGUAUACAGAGGUAUACGCCAUUCUGCAGUGGUGAAUGCAGCACGAGCGCAGUGACCCCUCUUCUCCCUCCUCCUCAUCAGGCUCCAUCUUUUACUACCCCCUCUGUGAGGACCCCCACCUCCCCCAGUCCUCCUCCAACCCCCCCUCAGCGGGCCAUGAGCCUCACUCUGGACCCGCACCAGGAGAACUUCCUGGGCCUGCUCCCAUGGAGGCUGAGUGGCGUCCAGUCGGUGAUGUUGCCCCUUCCUUCAGCUCGAUCUCGGCUGUCGCUGCAGGAGACGGUGCAAACAUCAAAGUAAAGGAGGAGAGUGAGUCGCCGUGGAAACGACGCAGUGAAAUCGCCCAGCUGUCGUCUGUCGGUGGCGAUGAGGAGCUUAACAGUCGCACCACUGAAACGUCUGACAUUCAGAUAACUCUGAUUUGAUGAUGAACAAUCACACACACACACACACACAGGACACACAGACACAGACACACAGGACACACACACACACACACACACACACACACACAGACACAGACACACACAGACACACACACACAGACACAGGACACACACACACACACAGACACAGACACACAGGACACACACACACACACACAGGACACACACACACACACAGACACAGACACACAGGACACACACACACACACACACACACGCACACACACAGACACAGACACAGACACACACACACACACACAGACACACACACACACAUACACACACAGGACACACACACACACACACACAGACACACACACACACACACAGACACACACACACACAUACACACACACACACACACACACACACAGACACACACACACACACACAGACACACACACACACACACACACACAGGACACACACACACACACAGGACACACACACACAGGACAGACACAGGACACACACACACACACAGGACACACACACACACACAGACACAGGACACACACACACACACACACAGAGGACACACACACACACACACACACAGGACACACACACACACACAGACACAGGACACACACACACACACACACACACAGGACACACACACACAGGACACACACACACAGGACACACACACACACACACACACACACACACACAGGACACACACACACACACACACACACACACAGGACACACACACACACAGACACAGGACACAGGACACACACACACACACACAGGACACACACACACACACACACACACAGGACACACACACACACACACACACACACACACACACACACACACACACAGACACAGGACACACACACACACACACACACACACACACACCCUACCUGCCCAGCCUGAUGAUCCUUCUUCUAAUCUUCUUUGGACCUUUUCUUUGUAUUUGUGCACAAAGUCUCACGUUCGUCUUCCUGGACAUUUUUAAUGAAGACUCGAUGCAGACAAACAAC